CACUAUAAAGGUUGUCCCAGUAGUGUUGUGUUUACUGUCAGGAGAAGAGGACCAUCAUGAGGACAACGCUGAUAGUACUGGUGCUGGUCGCCCUGGUGGCAGCCGAGCAGAAGAGGGCAGCAAACCCCCACCCCAGCCAUGGAGGUUACGGUUUAAGAGGCUACGGAGGCUACGGCUUGGGAGGUUAUGGAGGCUAUGGAGGCUACGGUGGCUAUGGAGGCUAUGGUGGGUAUGGAGGCUACGGUGGCUAUGGAGGCUACGGUAGCUAUGGAGGCUACGGUGGCUAUGGACGCUACGGUGGCUAUGGACGCUACGGUGGCUAUGGAGGCUACGGUGGCUACCCAGUCUCUUACAGCUACAGCUAUGGGCGUGGCAAGCGAUCGGCUGACCCCAUCCCUGACCCCACUGCAAAGACCAGCAACCAUCACAGUUCGUACAGCUCCUCUGGGGGUUCAAGUUACGGCAGACCUUAUGGCUAUAAGGUGGGCUCCGGGGUUAGUUACGGAACCAGAAGUUACGGCUCCGGAAACAGGGGUACUAGUUACGGAAAUGUAGGGUAUGGUUACGGAAACAGGGGUACUAGUUACGGAAAUGUAGGGUACGGUUACGGAAACAGGGGUACUCGUUACGGAAAUGUAGGGUACGGUUACGGAAACAGGGGUACUCGUUACGGAAAUGUAGGGUAUGGUUACGGAAACAGGGGUACUAGUUACGGAAAUGUGGGGUAUGGUUACGGAAACGGAGGCAUUGGUUAUGGAAAUGUGGGGUAUGGUUACGGAAACGGAGGCAUUGGUUAUGGAAAUGUGGGGUAUGGUUACGGAAACGGAGGCAUUGGUUAUAGAAAUGUAUAUAAUAGUUAUCCAUAUGGUGUCACCUACAACACAUAUGGUGGUAGUGGGUACGGGAAUGGCAUCCUUAACAGGGGCUAUGGGUACGGUUACGGGUAUCCUUCCGGUAAUACACUCAUCUAUAGCUAUGGGUAUCCCUCAAACACCUACGGAUACCAGAGUAACACCUACGGGUAUCCAUCUAAUACCUAUAAUAGUAAUGGUUAAGAAAUUGGUUACCUAACGUAUACUUCCGCUCUCAAAGUCGCUUUCCAAGAUAACGUUGACCACCACCAACAGCCCGACCUACUAACAUUACCACUUCAAGCAUCUAUCAGCAUUGCCACCACUAGCACCUACAAGCAUUACCACUACUAUCACUUUCCAACAUUACAACCCCUAACAGUUACAGUACAAACAUUACCACCACUAGCACUACCACACCACCACCACAACUACUAACAUCACGUGCAAAGGAAUAAAAUAAAUAUAUAUAUUGUUAAAAAGUACAAGAAUAUAUAUAUAUCAACAUUGCAUGGGCUAAUUUAGAUGUACUUAUUGCAAUUGUUCUCACAAGGCACACUCAUACUGCAUCAAUGAAAAUCUAUGUUUGGAUAUUUUUGUAUUUCAUAAUAACUCAUUUAUAUUUUAAAUACAUGUGAGUGUUGCAUCAAAUCUAUAAACACUAACGAUUUAUACUAAUGUGUAUGUGUUUCUAGACUAUAUAAAACAACUUUGUAUGCAAACUUUAUAUAAAUGAUAAACAAAAAAUAAC